CGUCACGUGACCUGUGGAAUGUUAACAAUGCAGCGAGUGUCCAACUUUGUGCUGCAUUUCUGAUCCUGCCUGGAGUCUAGGCAGAAAAUGGAGGCUCAUUUCAUCAUAUUUACGCCGCUGCUCCGUCUUCUCCGACCUCCUCCACUCUGUGUCGGCGCUUAGCGGCCUUCAGAAGUCGACUUUUAACGGAAUUUGCACCCCAGUCUUGACUUUUCCUUAUUCCUUCUAUCACAUGGCGCACACUGGCAUCAUGGUUUGGCUCUGCAUUGCCCACUCCCGCGGCUGCAUUUCCCGGAACAAGCUGCAACCCGAGCCUUGAGGCUCCCACCAUGGAAUGCUUGUAGUAUCCAGGAUCACCUCCGUCUGCUUCAUCAGGAAUUAGAAGCACAGUCAGAGGGAAACGACACAAGAGGCGGGCUUCUAAAUCCGGGCCUCUGCGCUGAGCUCCUGGAGGCCUUUUAUCUAUUUAGGUCAGCCGGGUGGAGAGGGUCCAGUUGAGCGAGUGCCAGUUGGUGUGCGGUAGUCUCCCCCGUUUUAGAGUAGGUGCCUGCCCGGAGGCAGGGGGGUGGGGGGGCACUGAGGCCAUGAGGCCCAAGACGUUCCCAGCUGCCCCGUAUGUGGGCAACACGCGGCAGAGGCUCCAGGAGAUCAAGGAGGGCCUGAAGCAGCCGGCCAAGCUGGUGAGCCAGGCGCUGCACGGCGGCAGCUCCCGGUCCGAGGGGAGCAGGCCGGCCGACUCCAAGAGCGGGAAGGACACGGCCAACCGGCAGCAGCAGCUCCGGCCGCCGCAGAAGUUCAACAACUACCAGAGCGCCCUGCGAGAAAUCCGCAGGUCCCUCAUGCCGUUCGCCAACGAGUCCGGAGAGGUGAACAGGCAGAUGCUGCAGGAGCUCGUCAACGCUGGCUGCGACCAGGAAAUGGCAGUGCGGGCGCUGAAGCAGACUGGAAGCAGGAAUAUCGAAGCGGCCUUGGAGUACAUCAGUAAAAUGGGUUACCUUGACCCUCGCAACGAGCUCAUUGUUCGGGUCAUCAAGCAGACUUCACCAGGAAAAGCCGGCAUGCCGAACGGGAUGGACCACCGUCCCCCUUUAGAGGUUCCGGGUGAGGCGGGCGGCCUGCCUCCGUAUCAUCAGAUGGGGGCUCAGAUGUAUGACGGGGCAGCAGGUUACGGCCCUGAGAGCGACCUCACCAGAGCCUACAUGGGCGCUCCCCCCGUCAUGAACUACAUGAUGCCCCCCUCGAGCGCAGCUCAGGGCCCCACUAUGGGCAACCCGAUGGGCCGGCCCCCCAGCAUGGGCAGCUAUCCUCCGGUGAUGCCCACACAGAGCAACCCGAGCAGCGCCAUGUACCCACAGGGCGCCCCGCAGAAGGCCUACCCCGGCGGCAUGGAGCAGCACGGGCCCAUGAUGAGCUACGGCGUCGCUGGUCAGCAGCUGCAGCUCCAGCCGCAGCCACCAGGGGGACCCGGCCCGGGCCCGCACUACGACUACGCUCAUGCCAGGCAACACCUGAUGGAACCGGCCGGAUACGGGGUCAAGCGGACCCCGUCCUUCCAGAACAAGAUGCAGCCGCCCCCGAUGGGACCUCCAGACAACUACGUCAACAUGCAGGCGAAAGGGGGGAUGUCUCAGAACGGGUCGGCGGGCGGAGGAUACCCGGCCAACCUGUACCUGUCCUCUCACUCCCACCCCCGCCAGGCCAGCCCCACGUCCCACCAGGUCCACAUGAUGUCCCGGUCCCCCGGCGGCGUGCCACCCAUGGGCCCCGAGUUCUCAGACCUGCCUCAGGGUAUGAUGACCCCCUCCAGAGCCAGCCUCAACCUGGACCUGUAUGAGCACCACUGGGCCGGCCCCCCGGGUGCCGACGGGACCCCGGCAGCCAGGCAGCCCCAGUCCCAGGGCCCGUUUAGAGGGGAAGUGCGCGUUCCCAGCAGAACAAAUUCCUUCAACAGCCGCUCCGCUGCUCCAAACGGCGUUAGACCGACCAUGACUGCGCCCCCCCCUGCCGGGAAGCAGGACUCCUCCAUGGGGCCUCCAAACACCAUCACAGCUGUGACGUCCCCACCCAUCCAACAGCCAGUCAAGAGCAUCCGCGUGAUGAGACCAGAGCCCAAAACGGCGGUGGGUCCGUGCCAUCCCGGCUGGAUGACGGCUCAGGCGCCGGACACGGCAGAACCCCUGCCCUACAUGCCGGAGGAGUCCUACCCGCUAGAGCCCGCCCAGGAGCCGCGCUGCCCCCCUCCACCGUACCCAAAGAGCCUGCUCAUACCCGCGGGGGAGCCAGGGGUUCUGGAAGGAGGCGGAGCCAGCGGGUCAGAUCUCAGCAUCGCCACCGCCAGAGGCGGCUGCAGCAGCAGCAGCGGGGGGAGCGGGAAGGCCGAGGACAGCCAGCAGGUCAAAGAGAAGACGAAGGCGGGCAAGGCAGAGAAAGCGGUGAAAGACAAGAAGCAGAUCCAGACGUCACCCGUUCCCGUCAGAAAGAACGGACGGGACGAGGAGAAGAGAGAGUCGCGCAUCAAAACCUACUCGCCUUUCGCCUUCAAGUUCUACAUGGAGCAGCACAUCGAGAACGUGAUGAAGACCUACCAGCAGAAACUGAACCGGAGGCUGCAGCUGGAACAGGAGAUGUCCAAGGCUGGCCUGUCGGAAGCAGAGCAGGAGCAGAUGAGGAAGAUGCUGAACCAAAAGGAGUCCAACUACAACCGACUGCGCCGGGCCAAAAUGGACAAGUCCAUGUUCGUCAAAAUCAAGACCCUCGGCAUCGGCGCCUUCGGUGAAGUGUGCCUGACGCGGAAAGUUGACACCGGUGCACUUUAUGCCAUGAAAACGCUGCGCAAGAAAGAUGUCCUCAACCGCAACCAGGUGGCCCAUGUAAAAGCGGAGCGCGACAUCCUGGCAGAAGCAGACAACGAGUGGGUGGUGCGCCUCUACUACUCCUUCCAGGACCGCGACAGCCUCUACUUCGUCAUGGACUACAUCCCUGGGGGAGACAUGAUGAGCCUCCUCAUCCGGAUGGGGGUGUUCCCCGAACUCCUGGCGCGCUUCUACAUAGCCGAGCUGACGCUGGCCAUCGAGAGCGUCCACAAGAUGGGUUUCAUCCACCGCGACAUCAAGCCCGACAACAUCCUCAUCGACUUGGACGGCCACAUCAAGCUGACGGACUUCGGCCUCUGCACGGGCUUCCGUUGGACGCACAACUCCAAAUACUACCAGAAAGGGAGUCACAUCAGGCAGGACAGCAUGGAGCCCAGCGACGCCUGGGACGACGUAUCCAACUGUCGCUGUGGCGACCGGCUGAUGACGCUGGAGCAGCGCGCCAACCGGCAGCACCAGCGCUGCCUGGCUCACUCAUUGGUUGGAACGCCAAAUUACAUCGCCCCCGAGGUUCUGCUGCGCAAAGGCUACACUCAGUUGUGUGACUGGUGGAGCGUGGGAGUGAUUCUUUUUGAGAUGUUGGUGGGACAACCACCUUUCCUUGCUCCGACACCUACCGAGACUCAGAUUAAGGUCAUCAACUGGGAGAGCACCCUCCAGGUGCCGCCGCAGGUCAAGCUAAGCCCAGAAUCCGUGGAUAUCAUCGGUCGGCUGUGCUGCUCUGCCGAGGAGCGUCUGGGCGCCAACGGCGCCGGCGAGAUCAAGGCCCACCCCUUCUUCUCCGAGGUGGACUUCUCCAGUAACCUGCGCCAGCAGCCGGCUCCCUACCGGCCCAAGAUCGCCCACCCCAUGGACACGUCCAACUUUGACCCCGUGGAGGAGGAGGGGGGCCCCGGGUCGUGGAGUGACAGCAGCGACAGCACCCGGGCCCUGGACGCGCUCUGCUCGCCGCACGGCAAGCACCCGGAGCACGCCUUCUACGAGUUCACAUUCCGGAGGUUCUUCGACGACCACGGCUGCCCCUUCCGCUACCCGAAGCCCCCCGAGGCCGACGCCUGCCUGAGCGUCCCCGCUGCGGGCCCGGAGGAGGGCGAGGAGACGGAGGAAGAGGAGGAGGUGGAAGACGACGAAGAGGAAGGAGAGGGAGGGGAGGGGUGUGAGCCGGUGUACGUCUAGAGUGUGGAGAGGCCGAACAUGUCUGUGUAAAGCAGGAGCAGGAUGAGAGGCACAUCGCCCCCUGGUGGGCUGACUGCAAAUCUCCUCCAAUCUGGGACCAACUAACA